AUGAAGAGCUUCAAGACCUCCUACGUCCUGCGUGUCCCUCUGGCCAUCUUUCUCGCCGUUCUUCUGCUACAUUUCUAUGCAGAAGCGGCAACGUGGCAAGAUUUUCAAAACCGGCAUAUUGCUCCUCCACGGGGACCGAACGAAAACCUCAACGCCUACUGUGACCGGAUGAUGAUCGCAAGAGGCAUGACUCAACCCAGAUGUAAGCCCCGGAAUACCUUCAUCCACAAUAACGUACACGAUGUCCAGCAAGUGUGCCAUGGCCAGUCAACUCAUUACGGGGGUAACUUAUAUGACAGCAUUCAGUCCUUCGAUAUGACUGAAUGCAAUAACACAGGUUUGAUCUGA